AUGCCAACUGAUAAGAAGGCAAGCUCUGUGCUGGACCCUGUUCUGUACCCUUUUCUGUACCCUGUUCUGUACCCUGUUCUGUACCCUGUUCUGUGCCCUGUUCUGUGCCCUGUUCUGUGUCGUUCCCUGUGCUGUGUCGUGCUGGUGAGCAGCUGGCUGGGGAACCAAAAACUACAGGGAACAGCUUGUGGCAAAACAUCGAGUCGAGUGCCAUAAUUGGUUUUGGCCUGAGGCUAGGGGUUAGUUCAAUUGUGAGGUAUUGAGUUGGACUCUGAUAGAACAAUAAUCCAUAUUGAACAAAUGGUCACAGGAUGGUGGAGUGAAUAUUGUUUGGCCAGAGUGAUAUGAGUGUUAGCCCAACAAAUCAACAGAGGGAGAGAGGCCAAAAGCGUUGUGAUGUCUGUCACUGGAUAAUGGGACUAUAGCCUAGACCAGAGGCAAAUAAAAUCACUUCCUUCUAAAAUUGUCACGCAAUAAUACCAAUAAUGUGUGAAAGGGAAUACUCCAAUAAUUUAUUUCACAGCAAUAUACAUGUAGUCUAUUAAUCAAUGGUUAUAUGUAAUGCAUGGUUCGAUGUGUAACUAAUGAAAAACCAGCACUUACCUCAGGCUUCAUUUUGUUUUCACAUGUGUGUUAUAAUAAAAAAGAAAGAAGAUCUAAACCUUUCUCUAACUCUCACUUUUUCCCUCUGUCUUCCAGAAUGCGACCCAGGAGAUUGGCGAGGAGGUGGAGGACGGGGCGGUAUACACCAUCACCCUGCGGAAGGUGCAGAUGCUCCACCACCACCACCACCCUGGCCACCACGGUGGCGGCAGCGGGGCCAUUAAGGGCCAACGCUGGCUAGGUGUGGAGACAGACGCAGCCCUCAGCCUGUACGAGACGUGCAAGGUGCGCACCAUCAAGGCAGGCACGCUGGAGAAGCUGGUGGAGUACAUGGUGGCGGCGUUCCGGGGCAACGACUCCACCUACGUUACCAUCUUCCUCUGCACCUACCGCUCCUUCGCCUCCACCAAGCAGGUCCUGGACCUACUGCUCAACAGGUGAGUAGAGGGGGAGAGAGGGAGGGAUACAUUGGUGCAUAAAUGGAUGAAUUUACGGAUGUAUGCAUGGGUGGAUCCAUCGGUUGAUUGGUGGAAGAAUUAUAGAUGGAAGGAAAAGGUGGGUGGAUGGAGUGAUGCAUGAUGAAUAGAGGGUGGAGGAAUGAAUGUAUUGAUACAGGAAUGGAUAUAUGAAUGGAUGGAUAGACGACUAACAAACUGAUGAAUCUGUGUUCAGGUAUGCCAAGCUCCAGCACCUGCCUGGCUCAGAGGGCCACAUACUGACUCACGAUGAUCGCACAGAGCUGAGGAAGUAAGUCUCUGUCUGAUUCAGACACACAUUGUAGCCUCAUUUUCAACACAUACUGUACAGUGACAGAAAACAGAGACACAGUUGUGUGGUGACAAGGUAGGGGGGGUAUACAGAAGAUAGCCCUAUUUGGUAAAAGUCCAUAUUAUGGCAAGAACAACUCAAAUAAGCAAAGAGAAACGACAGUCCAUCAUUAUUUUAAGACAGGAAGGUCAGUCAAUACGGACAAUUUCAAGAACUUUGAACGUUUCUUCAAGUGCAGUCGCAAAAACCAUCAAGCGCUAUGAUGAAACUGGCUCUCAUGAGGACCACCACAGGAAUGGAAGACCCAGAGUUACCUCUGCUGCAGAGGAUAAGUUCAUUAGAGUUACCAGCCUCAGAAAUUGCAGACCAAAUAAAUGCUUCACAGAGUUCAAGCCACAGACACAUCUCAACAUCAACUGUUCAUAGGGGACUGUGUGAAUCAGGCCUUCAUGGUCGAAUUGCUGCAAAGAAACCACUACUAAAGGACACCAAUAAUAAGAAGAGACCUGCUUGGGCCAAGAAACACGAGCAAUGGACAUUAGACCUUUGGAAAUGUGUCCUUUGGUCUGAAGUCCAAAUUUGAGAUUUUUGGUUCCAACUGCCGUGUCUUUGUGAGACGCGGUGUGGGUGAAUGGAUGAUCUCCGUAUGUAUAUUUCCCACCGUAAAGCAUGGAGGAGGAGAUGUUAUGGUGUGGGGGUGCUUUGCUGGUGACACUGUCUGUGAUUUAUGUAGAAUUCAAGGCACACUUUACCAGCAUGGCUACCACAGCAUUCUGCAGUGAUACGCCAUUCCAUCUGGUUUGGGCUUAGUGGGACUAUCAUUUGUUUUACAACAGGACAAUGACCCAACAUACCUUCAGGCUGUGCAAGGGCUAUUUUACCAAGAAGGAGAGUGAUGAUGGAGUGCUGCAUCAGAUAACCUGGCCAGAUGGUUUAGGAUGAGUCGAACGGCAGAGUGAAGGAAAAGCAGCCGUUUGUUUAACGCUGUUUUGGUUACUACAUGAUUCCAUAUGUGUUAUUUCAUAGUUUUGAUGUCUUCACUAUUAUUCAACAAUGUAGAAAAUAGUAAAAAUAAAGAAAAACCCUUGAAUGAGUAGUUGUCCAAACUUUUGACUGGUACUGUAUAUCUCUUUCCUGUCCUGUGACUUUAAUGUAGCUAGUCCCUUUAUUUGUCCACUCUCCCUUCCUUAUCCUUAACUUGAUACACCCCUCUCUCUAUGUACUUUAUCUUUCCUAUCUCUCCACUCCAUUUCCCUCUCUUUUUUUAUCAUUAUUAAAGGUAGACUCAGCUAUUUGCUUUCUCUCUCGCUCUCGCUCUCGCUCUCUCUCUCUCUCUCUCUCUCUCUCUCUCUCUCUCUCUCUCUCUCUCUCUCUCUCUCUCUCUCUCUCUCUCUCUCUCUCUCUCUCUCAGCACGAUAUCCUCCAUCUUGGGGGCAUGGCUUGACCACUACUCUGAGGACUUCUGGAAGCCUCCGGAGUACAGCUGCCUGCGACGGCUCAUUUCCUACCUGCAUCUCAACUUCCCGGGAUCGGACCUGGAACGCCGUGCCUGCAACCUCCUGGCCCACUUCCACCGCCGGCAGCUCCAAGAGCCCGAGCGUGAGUGUAAGACACUCCCUUAACCCCCAACUAAACUUAUGCACUUUGAACCCUGACCCCAGCUCCUAAACAUGGUCAUGGAGAGUCCAUAUAAUUAGUAUUAGUGGAAGGCCAGAGAUGUUUUGGGUGUUAUUCCAAAUAAGAGAACACUGUUGUUUGUGAAUCCCUUGUUGUGUGACGUGGUCGUGGGUGUCAUGCAGUAAAGUAGGACCAGCACAGUCAGAUGCACUAUUAGUCUAACACACACCUGUAUUAGCUUACAACAUUUCGAUCCACAUCUUCAACGAAAGUUAUAUCUGAGUGUGGUGGCCCUCACUUCACUACAUUAAGGACUUUACUAACCCCAGCCGCUCAUCAAAUGUGGUGAAAGUGUGUUUGACGUAAUGAGUUGUGAUGUCAUCCCUCAGUGCUGGACCAUCCUUUCACCUUAUUGGAGGAGAAUGGCUACGAGGUUGACCGACUGGACUUCCUGAACUUUGACCCGGUGGUGGUGGCCGAGCAGUUCACCCUCAUGGACGCGGUAAGAUGCCAAAACAUCACUAAAACUCAGAACACUUUGAUCCGAUACCCAACAGCACAUACAUUGCCUUACAAAAGUAAUCAUCCCCCUUGGCGUUUGUGCUAUUUUAUUGCAUUACAACCUGUAAUUUAAAUGGAUUUUUAUGUGGAUUAUAAAAAAAUAUCAGAAACUUUGAACAUCCCAUGGAGCACCAUUAAAUCCAUUAUUAAAAAAUGGAAAGAAUAUGGCACCACAACAAACCUGCCAAGAGAGGGCUGCACACCAAAACUCACGGACCAGGCAAGGAGGGCAUUAGUCAGAGGCAACAAAGAGACCAAAGAUAACCCUGAAGGAGCUGCAAAGCUACACAGCGGAGAUUGGAGUAUCUGUCCAUAGGAGCUGGGCUUUACGGAAGAGUGGCCAGAAAAAAGCCAUUGCUUAAAGAAAAAAAUAUGGAAGAAGGUACUCUGGUCAGAUGAGACUAAAAUUGAGCUUUUUGGCCAUCAAGAAAAACGCUAUGUCUGGCACAAACCCAACACCUCUCAUCGCCCCGAGAACACCAUCCCCACAGUGAAGCAUGGUGGUGGCAGCAUCAUGCUGUGGGGAUGUUUUUCAUCGGCAAGGACUGGGAAUCUGGUCAGAAUUGAAGGAAUGAUGGAUGGCGCUAAAUAUAGGGAAAUUCUUGAGGGAAACCUGUUUCAGUCUUCCAGAGAUUUGAGACUGGGACGGAGGUUCACCUUCCAGCAGGACAAUGACCCUAAGCAUACUGCUAAAGCAACACUUGAGUGGUUUAAGGGGAAACAUUUAAAUGUCUUGGAAUGGCCUAGUCAAAGCCCAGACCUCAAUCCAAUUGAGAGUCUGUGGUAUGACUUAAAGAUUGCUGUACACCAGCGGAACCCAUCCAAUUUGAAGGACCUGGAGCAGUUUUGCCUUGAAGAAUGGGCAAAAAUCCCAGUGGCUAGAUGUGCCAAGCUUAUAGAGACAUUCCCCAAGAAACUUGCAGCUGUAAAAGGUGGCUCUACAAACAUUUUAGUCAUUUAGCAGACGCUCUUAUCCAGAGCGACUUACAUGAGCAAUUAGGGUUAAGUGCCUUGCUCAAGGGCACAUCGGCAGAUUUUUCACCUAGUCGGCUCGGGGAUUAGAACCAGCGACCUUUCGGUUAUUGGCACAACGCUCUUAACCACUACGCUACCUGCCGCCCUAAGUAUUGAUUCUGGGUGGGUGAAUAGUUAUGCACGCUCAAGUUCUGUUUUCUUGUCUUAUUUCUUGUUUGUUUCACCCCAAAAAAUGUUUUGCAUCUUCAAAGUGGUAGGCAUGUUGUGUAAAUCAAAUGAUACAAACUCCCCAAAAAUCUUAUCCUCUUGCGAGCAUUGGAGCCGAGGUAGAGUCCUGCACGGGCCAGUUUUUUGGAGCCGCACCUGCCCCACUCCAGCCACAUCAAUUCUGAGCCCCACCUGAUAAUAAACAGGACAAUUUAUUCAAUAGUUUUUAUGACUCCAAAGUAGUAGGCUUUUAGGCUAUUCCCAUUCUCAUGAAUUAACUUGUUUGGAUAAAAGGAAAACAUGCCUAUCUUCUCAUUUUUACAAUGCGAUGCGGCAUAUUGACAACUUCUUCUAAUUCUUACCUAAUGAAAGCCUAAUAGCCGACAUAACAAAACAAUACCUUUACAAUCAAUAUCGUUUAGAUAAUCAAAUAGUUUAAUUGAAACUUAAAUAAACAGUUCCAAGAAUCAAAUAGGCUAUAUGCUGCAAAAAUUGCCUGGGCUACAUUUAUUUAGGAGGCUGUUGGCUACUCAAACUUUUACCAGCCUCACAGGUUUAAACUUUAUAUGGCCUGUGUAUGGUCUAAAUGAACGAAAUCCUGAAUUAAAAUAAUAAUUAACUAAAUUAUUGUAAACAAAUACCUGCUUGCACUUUUGCAUCCAUCUACCGGGUUGCGGUCCGGGGAUUUCACUCACGCAGCACGUUUCCAUGAUGGUGUAGCCAUCAUAACCUUUCUUUUUAUUUCUCCUGUUACGUUAGCCAUUUUCGUGUGAGCUAGGAGUCAGGGAAAUAAACUUGGCAACAUAUUGUCGCGUGGCGGAAGGCAAUAUAUAAGCUCUGCACGUGGACAAAUUAGGAAUGUUUCAGCACCACACAAAUAAUGGACAGUUCCCUGCUCCACUCUCUCGCUGCAUGGCUGGUAACCUAGGUCUAGGCUAUGUCUGCCUCACCGCUCACCUAGCCUAAUGGAAUUCACAACACAAUUCCUCACAACAAGCUCCUGUGUUUGUAAAAAAUAUAUUAUCUUGAUUUAAAACGUUUUCGAGAAUGAUUUCAAUCCACCCACCAGCUGAUUUUUUUGCGGAUCAACUUCAGGGAACCAUGGGUAUGCGACCCAAUGCAGGACUAUAUGCCAAGGGGCUUCCUUGGCUGGUCUUCAGGUCCUGUUAGUUAACUCAGGAAGUGAGGAGAGACAGAAAAAGUGAGGAGAGACAGAAGACACAGAGGGCUUUAUGCCCACUCCGCUGUUGAGUUACCACUCAUAAACAAAUGUCACUCCAAAGGCUUUCCUACCGACAUGUUAAACUAAUCUAAAAUACAUCACUGGUUGUGACAAGAGACCAAGCCUCCAUUUUGUUUUCUUGUUUUUCUCUAAACCCCCUCUUUCUUACUCCCCUUUUUCCUCAUAGGAGCUCUUUAAGAAGGUGGUCCCCUACCACUGUCUAGGGAGUAUCUGGUCGCAACGGGACAAGAAGGGCAAGGAGCAUCUGGCACCCACCAUUCGUGCCACUGUCACGCAGUUCAACUGCGUCACCAACUGUGUCAUCGCCACCUGCCUGAGCGAGCGUUCACUCAAACCCAUCCAGCGCGCCAAGCUGGUGGAGCGCUGGAUCGAAGUGGCCAGGGUGAGGAGCUGUUGUUAGCAGGAGUUCUUGUUGUUGUUGUUGUUGGCAUGGGAUUCUGAGGUGUCCUCAGCUUCAGUCCUGCAGAGGCACAGUGUGUGUUGUGUAGCAUGAUGACUACAGUACCCAUAAUGCUAUGUUCAAAAGACUUGGUUUUCUUUUAGUAAAAAAAGUUCUGAAGCUUCCGUCUCCUUAAUAAUACAUUGGAUUGAUUUGCCCCCGGCGCUUAAUUGAGUUCAUUGAUAUUCAUACUGUCUUUUUUCCCUUCAGGAGUGUCGAAUCCUGAAGAACUUUUCUUCGCUGCGGGCCAUCCUUUCUGCUCUGCAGUGCAACCCGGUCCACCGGCUGAAGAGGACAUGGGACGAGGUGUCCAGGGAGAACUUCCGCAUCUUCCACGAGUUGUCAGAAAUCUUCUCAGACGAAAAUAACCAUUCGCUCAGCAGAGAGCUGCUCAUCAAGGUAGGAUAUGUGUGUGUGUGUGUGUGUGUGUGUAUACGUCAGGGUUUCCGUUAGCCUGUGUUACAGGAGUGGGUCGCAGUUCCGGAGCGACCCACUAGGUGUCAUCCUCCGACAACCAUAGGCACCUCCUCACUCACAGUCGGUACUAAUUAUCUGCCUAUUGGUGUCACCUGUGGCUAUCUGAUUCACCUGUGUAUUUAUGCCCUCACUUCCCUGUGUUCCCUUGCUCAGUUUUCUGUGCUAGUUCCUUGAUGUCAAGCAGUACAUAUCAGUGUCGGAUCACGUGACGGAGUUACAGGUACUCGAGAAGUGUUCUUCUUGUGUCAUUGUGUUUUUCCAGUCAGAGUUAGUAUUUCGUAUUGUCUGUUGUCAGCCUGUUUUUUUUUUAGACCUAUGUGCUCCUCAUUUGUUUUCGUGUGUAGUCCGUUGUUUUGUAUCCUGGUUUUGGGACCACCAGUAAAGAUCCUUGUUUCACCAUCCUUGCCUACUGCCUACUGUCUAUCCUGCACCGCACCUGGGUCACACCUCACACCAACCCUUACAGAAAACUGAGCCAAUAUGGACCCAGCGGAGGCAGCACAGUAUCAAAGCGCAUUGGCAGCGCAGGGAGCCAUGCUGGAGCUCUUUGUUAAGUGUUGCAGUCAUUUCAGUCGCUGUGGUAGCUGACGUGUAUAUUGUUGAGUCAUCCGCAUACAUACAUUUACAUUUUAGUCAUUUAGCAGACGCUCUUAUCCAGAGCGACUUACAGUUAGUGAAUACAUUAUUUAUUUUUUUAUACUGGCCCCCCGUGGGAAUCGAACCCACAACCCUGGCAUUGCAAACGCCAUGCUCUAUCAACUGAGCUACAUCCCUGCCAGCCAUUCCCUCCCCUACCCUGGACGACGCUGGGCCAAUUGUGCACCGCCCAUGAGUCUCCCGGUCGCGGCCGGCUGCGACAGAGCCUGGAUUCAAACCAGGAUCUCUAGUGGCACAGUUAGCACUACAUAGACACACUGGCUUUACUCAAAGCCAGUGGCAUGUUGUUAGUAAAGAUUGAAAAAAGUAAGGGGCCUAGACAGCUGCCCUGGGGAAUUCCUGAUUCUAUCUGGAUUUUGUUGAAGAGGCUUCCAUUAAAGAACACCCUCUGUGUUCUGUUAGACAGGUAACUCUUUAUCCAGAAAGCCAUAACACAUAUGUUUUUCCAGCAAUAGACUAUGAUCAAUAAUGUCAAAAGCCGCACUGAAGUCUAACAAAACAGCCCCAACAAUCUUUUUAUCAUCGAUUUCUCUCAGCCAAUUAUCAGUCAUUUGUGUAAGUGCUAUGCUUGUUGAAUGUCCUUCCCUAUAAGUGUGCUGAAAGUCUUGUCAAUUCGUUUACUGUAAAAUAACAUUGUAUCUGGUCAAACACAAUUGUUUCCAAAAGUUUACAAAGGGUUGGUAACAGGCUGAUUGGUCAGCUAUUUGAGCCAGUAAAGGGGGCUUUACUAUACUUAGGUAGGGGAAUAACUUUUGCUUCCCUCCAGGCCUGAGGGCACACACUUUCUAGUAGGCUUAAAUUGAAGAUAUGGCAAAUAGGAGUGGCAAUAUCAUCCGCUAUUAUCCUCAGUAAUUUUCCAUCCAAGUUGUCAGACCCCGGUGGCUUGUCAUUGUUGAUAGACAACAAUAAUAUUUUCACCUCUUCCACACUUACUUUACGGAAUUCAAAAUUACAAUGCUUAUCUUUCAUAAUUUUGUCAGAUAUACUUGGAUGUGUAGUGUCAGGGUUUGUUGCUGGCAUGUCAUGCCUAAGUUUGCUAAUCUUGCCAAUGAAAAAAUGAUGAUUGUGGACUACAGGAAAAAAAAGUGGACUGAGCACACCCCCAUUCUCAUCGACGGGGCUGUAGUGGAACAGGUUGAGAGCUUCAAGUUCCUUGGUGUCCACAUCACCAACGAACUAUCAUGGUCCAAACACACCAAGACAGUCGUGAAGAGGGCACGACAAAGCCUAUUCCCGCUCAGGAGACUGAAAAGAUUUGGCAUGGGUCCUCAGAUCCUCAAAAGGUUCUACAGCUGCACCAUCGAGAGCAUCCUGACUGGUUGCAUCACCACCUGGUAUGGCAACUGCUCGGCCUCCGACCGCAAGGCACUACAGAGGGUAGUGCAUACAGCCCAGUACAUCACUGGGGCCAAGCUUCCUACCAUCCAGGACCUCUAUACCAGGCAGAGGAAGGCCCUCAAAAUUGUCAAAGACUCCAGCCACCCUAGUCAUAGACUGUUCUCUCUGCUACGGCACGGCAAGCGGUACCAGAGCGCCAAGUCUAGCUCCAAAAAGGCUUCUCAACAGCUUCUACCCCCAAGCCAUAAGACUCCUGAACAGCUAAUCAUGGCUACCCGGACUACUUGCACUGCCCCCCCACUCCCACCCCAUCUUUUUACGCUGCUGCUACUCUGUUAAUUAUUUAUGCAUAGUCACUUUAACUCUACCCACAUGUACAUAUUACCUCAACUACCUCAACUAGCCGGUACCCCCCCCUGUAUAUAGCCUCCCUACUGUUAUUUUAUUUUACUUCUGCUCUUUUUUUCUCAACACUUUUUUGUUGUUGUUGUUUUAUUUUACCUUUUUAUUAAAUAAUAAAUGCAUUGUUGGUUAAGUGCUGUAAGUAAGCAUUUCACGGUAAUGUCUACACCUGUUGUAUUCCUUGCAUGUGGCAAAUAACAUUUGAUUUGAUUUGAUUUGAAUGAGCCAUCUGAUUCAAUGAAUGAUGGAGUGGAGUUUGCCCUUUUUCCCAAUAUUUCAUUUAAGGUGCUGCAAAGCUUUUUACUAUCAUUCUUUAUGUCAUUUAUCUUUGUUUCAUAGUGUUGUUUCUUUUUUUUUUUCUUCAGUUUCAUCACAUGAUUUCUCAAUUUGCAGUACGUUUGCCAAUCGGUUGUACAACCAGACAAUUUUUCAAUUCCUCAUCAGUUUUUCAGUAACAGUUUACAGUCAUUUUCUUAAAUGGGUGCAUGCUUAUUAGUAACUGGGAUAAGCUAUUUCAUAAAUGUGUCAAGUGCAGCAUCUGGUUGCUCCUCAUUACACACCAUAGACCAACAAAUAUUCUUUACAUCAACAACAUAGGAAUCACUACAAAACUUCUUGUAUGACCUCUUAUACACUAUAUUAGGCCCAGCCUUUGAAACUUUGGUUUUCCUAGAUAUGGCUAAUACAUUGUGAUCAAUACAUCCAAUGGAUUUGGAUACUGCUUUGUAAGGGUUGGUGUGAGGUGUGACCCAGGUGCGGUGCAGGAUAGACAGUAGGCAGUAGGCAGAUAUGGUGCAAGGAUCUUUACUGGUGGUCCCGAAGCCAGGAUACAAAACAACGGACUUAACACGAUAAAAGAAAGGUGGAGCAAAUAAGUCCCAAAAAACAGGCUUACAGCCAAAAUACGAAAUAGUAACUAUGACUGAAAUAAUAAAGAAACCGGUUGAACACUUCUCCGAUCAGACACUGAUUAGUACUGCUGAGCGUAGAGAAACUAGCAGAGAAAACUGAGCAAGGGAACACAGGGAAGUGAAGGCAUAAAUACACAGGUAGAACAGGUAGACACAGGUGACACCAACAUUAGUAAAGAUGUGAUCAAUACAUGUUGAUGAUUUCAUUCCUAUGCUGUUUGUAACUACCCUGGUAGGUUGAUUGAUAACCUGAACCAGGUUGCAGGCACUAGUUACAGUUUGAAGCUUUCUCUUGAGUGAGCAGCCUGAUGAAAGCCAGUCAAUAUUUAAAAUACCCAGAAAAUAUACCUCUCUAUUGAUAUCACAUACAUUAUCAAGCAUUUUACACGUUAUCCAGAUACUGACUGUUAGCACUUGGUGGUCUACAGAGCCUAUUCUGAGGAUACAGAGCCUAUUUUUAGUGGGAUUUCUCCGGCAGCUCCUCAGCUGGUUGAUGCUGGAGUAAAACAUGUGCUUUUAUAAGCACAUUCAUUGCCCAACAAUUCUAAAUGCAAUCGCCUGUUAAAAACUGUUUCUAUGCAUGCUCAGGCGUGCACUCCCUCAACAUUAUCAGGACAGAGAAACCAUACACAUGCUCAUUGCUCACAUGGAAAAACUCCUAACAAAAGACAAAUGACAAAUCUCGUAAAUGAUGGUUGUUAAAUCAACCAAGACGUGUUUCUCACAAGUGUAGCAGCUUGUGAACUCUGCAAAAAACGUUUCCACUCCAAGAAUGAGAAUGGUAAAUUACUGUAAUUAAUACAUGCAUUAACAGAAAUUAAUGUAUCCAAAUGACCGGGAUUAACGGAACAUUUACUACUGGUGACAUGUGUAAUGGGGAAUACAUUUGUUUUCAUCAAAGGGCAAACAAUUCACAAAAUGAAACAAUGAAUGCGCAAGAAUUGGAGGGAGACAGUUCAGCCAUUCUGGAGAGCGACUCGCCUAUAUCGCCACACAUCCCUCCCCUUCUUGUCUCAACAUUUUAAAUUGCACUCAAGACACAUUAUCUUCACACAUAUUUUAGAUGCUUUUCACUGAUAGCCGCAACUCAAUAAUCAGCUAGGCCUAUUGUCACGCACGCUGCCCAAAUUGUGGGCUUCCCAAAUAGGCAUAGGCCUACAGCUAUUUUUUUAAAGAAGUGAAUGAUCCUUGAUUCCUCUGUGGCUAAGUAAUGCUUCUGGUGAAGUAUUUUGAAUGAUUUUAUGUAUAGACACAAUUCUAUGUAUAGACAGGAGUAAUUAUAUAAUUUUGCCAAAUGUAUUUCCAUUUACUUCCCUAUUGGACCCACCGCUAUCCCAUUUCUCUCCUGUUCUAUUGGUUUUCAUAUCAACUUUAUUUUGUUGUCCAGAAGCCAAAGGAACAAUCCCAGUCAUAUUAGCAACCCAUCCUAGUUGUUGCAUCUUUAGAUUCCCCCUCUUUCUAAGUUUCUAACAGAGAUUCUUAUCUGUGCAAAGCUGUCAUCAAAGCAAAGGGUGGCUAUUUGAAGAAUCUCAAAUAUAAAAUAUAUUUUGAUUUGUUUAACACUUUUUUGGUUACUACAUGAUUCCAUAUGUGUUAUUUCAUAUUGUUGAUGUCUUCACUGUUAUUCUACAAUGUAGGAAAUAGUACAAAUGAAGAAAAACCCUUGAAUGAGUAGGUGUUCUAAAACUUUUGACCGGUAGUGUACAACUCAUGUAAUGAAGCAGCCAAUAAAACAUCAUUUUCAAACAUUUGCCAUAUGGCAAUUCACGGGAAAAUACCAUUCUAAACAGCGCACCUGGUUCUUGCACACUCUUGGCAAUCCAGAAAAACGCAUGUCAAAAAUGUUAUAAAUUGAUUUGCAUUUUAAUGACGGAAAUAAGUAUUUGACCCCCUCUCAAUCUGAAAGAUUUCUGGCUCCCAGGUGUCUUUUAUACAGGUAACGAGCUGAGAUUAGGAGCACACUCUUAAAGGGAGUGCUCCUAAUCUCAGUUUGUUACCUUUAUAAAAGACACCUGUCCACAGAAGCAAUCAAUCAUAUUCCAAACUCUCCACCAUGGCCAAGACCAAAGAGCUCUCCAAGGAUGUCAGGGACAAGAUUGUAGACCUACACAAGGCUGGAAUGGGCUACAAGACCAUCGCCAAGCAGCUUGGUGAGAAGGUGACAACAGUUGGUGCGAUUAUUCGCAAAUGGAAGAAACACAAAAUAACUGUCAAUCUCCUGCAGCGCCCGCAAGGUCCCCCUGCUCAAGAAAGCACAUAUACAGGCCCAUCUGAAGUUUGCCAAUGAACAUCUGAAUGAUUCAGAGGAGAAUUGGGUGAAAGUGUUGUGGUCAGAUGAGACCAAAAUGGAGCUCUUUGGCAUCAACUCAACUCGCCGUGUUUGGAGGAGGAGGAAUGCUGCCUAUGACCCCAAGAACACCAUCCCCACCGUCAAACAUGGAGGUGGAAACAUUAUGCUUUGGGGGUGUUUUUCUGCUAAGGGGACAGGACAACUUCACCGCAUCAAAGGGACGAUGGACGGGGCCAUGUACCAUCAAAUCUUGGGUGAGAACCUCCUUCCCUCAGCCAGGGCAUUGAAAAUGGGUCGUGGAUGGGGUAUUCCAGCAUGACAAUGACCCAAAACACACGUCCAAGGCAACAAAGGAGUGGCUCAAGAAGAAGCACAUUAAGGUCCAGGAGUGGCCUAGCCAGUCUCCAGACCUUAAUCCCAUAGAAAAUCUGGGGAGGGAGCUGAAGGUUCGAGUUGCCAAACGUCAGCCUCGAAACCUUAAUGACUUGGAGAAGAUCUGCAAAGAGGAGUGGGACAAAAUCCCUCCUGAGAUGUGUGCAAACCUGGUGGCCAACUACAAGAAAUGUCUGACCUCUGUGAUUGCCAACAAGGGUUUUGCCACCAAGUACUAAGUCAUGUUUUGCAGAGGGGUCAAAUACUUAUUUCCCUCAUUAAAAAGCAAAUCAAUUUACAACAUUUUUGACAUGCGUUUUUCUGGAUUUUGUUGUUGUUAUUCUGUCUCUCACUGUUCAAAUAAACCUACCAUUAAAAUUAUAGACUGAUCAUGUCUUUGUCAGUGGGCAAACGUACAAAAUCAGCAGGGGAUCAAAUACUUUUUUCCCUCACUGUAAAGGGCUGGUCAUGGGUGGUUGGUCUUUACUUGGACGUGGGGGUGUGUUGGUUUGGAGGGAUAGCAACUAAGCCCUCUUAUGCACACAUAGACCUCAAACCCUAACAUUCCCCAAAUUCCAGAGCACACACACACAGACAUUAGGGCAGCUAGAGGUAGCCGUUAUGUGUGAAUUAUGGAUAUGUAGGUGUGUUUUUGGUGGGUGGCUGAAGGGGAAUCCCCCAGUGACAUCAUAGCAUGGUGGUAGGCUGUGCCAGUUGGGGAUAUCCCUACUCUGCCUGUUCCUCUACAGUAGAAUGUGGGGGUCUGUAUGUUUGCCUUUUGAUAGCUUGAUAAAGGACAGGACGCAUUCCAGGAAAAAGUGUGUAUUUUUUCAUUUAAUGAACCAUGUUUUAUCAAACAAAAACAGAAACCGGUGUUAUUUGAUCUCUGAAAUAGGGCUUAGGCCUUUGAUCUCACUGUGUUUUUGUUGUCUGUUCUUCUCUGUCUAGGAGGGCACGUCCAAAUUUGCCACCUUGGAAAUAAACCCCAAACGAGCCCAGAAGAGACAGCAGCAACCCCGAGACCUGGUAAGGACAUUAAGAGACAGGGAAUGCAAUAAAGGAGGGGAAGAUGGACUGGGCAGAGAGAGAGAUAAAGGACUAAAAAGAUUGAUGAGGAAGAUAGAAAAAGUGGCUUUAGGGAAAUGGAGGAUGACAUGAAAAGCAGGGAGGGAGCGAAGAGAGAAAUUAAAUGACCUGGGAGACAGACUUAAAGAGAGAAGAGGGCAAGAGGAGAGAUAAAGUGAAAGCGUGACAGUCAGAGAGAUAAAGAGAGAGAGGGAUAGACAGAGAUGGAAAUAGAGACAGAGAGGGAAAGAGAGAAGGGAGAGAGAUAGAGAGAUAGAGAAAUACGUUUCAAGAGACGGAUGGGGAGAGAGAGGAGGUGACAGAUGUAAUGAAAGCGCUCCCAUCUUUUUUAAAGCCGUGUCAAGAAGCGCUCCAGCGGGUAAGACACCAUCGAACAGAAAAAAAGCAGCCCCUCUCUCUGUCCUCGCUGAACUCUGCAGACACAUUCACUUUAACACACACACACACACACAGACACACAGCGUACUAUCACACAAACAUAUAGGUGUGCAUAGUCAUUCAGACACACACACAUACAGUGGCUUACGAAAGUAUUCACCUCCCUUGGCAUUUUUCCUAUUUUGUUGCCUAACAACCUGGAAUUAACAUGGAUUUUGGGGGGGGUUGUAUCAUUUCAUUUACACAACAUGCCUACCACUUUGAAGAUGCAAAAUAUUUUUUGGGGUGAAACUAACAAGAAUUACGACAAAAAAAACAGACAACUUGAGUAUGCAUAACUAUUCACCCCCCCAGAGUCAAUACUUUGUAGAGCCACCUUUUGCAGCAAUUACAGCUGCAAGUCUCUUGGGGAAUGUCUCUAUAAGCUUGGCACAUCUAGCCACUGGGAUAUUUGCCCAUUCUUCAAGGCAAAACUGCUCCAGCUCCUUCAAGUUGGAUGGUUCAAGUUGGAUGGUUCCGCUGGUGUACAGCAAUCUUUAAGUCAUACCACAGAUUCUCAAUUGGAUUGAGGUCUGGGCUUUGACUAGGCCAUUCCAAGACAUUUAAAUGUUUCCCCUUAAACCACUCAAGUGUUGCUUUAGCAGUAUGCUUAGGGUCAUUGUCCUGCUGGAAGGUGAACCUCUGUCCCAGUCUCAAAUCUCUGGAAGACUGAAACAGGUUUCCCUCAAGAAUUUCCCUGUAUUUAGCGCCAUCCAUCAUUCCUUCAAUUCUGACCAGUUUCCCAGUCCCUGCCGAUGAAAAACAUCAACACAGCAUGAUGCUGCCACCACCAUGCUUCACUGUGGGGAUGGUCUUCUCGGGGUGAUUUGAGCUGUUGGGUUUGCGCCAGACAUAGCGUUUUCCUUGAUGGUCAAAAAGCUCAAUUUUUGUCUCAUCUGACAAGAGUACCUUCUUCCAUAUGUUUGGGGAGUCUCCCACAUGCCUUUUGGCGAACACCAACCAUGUUUGCUUAUUUUUUUCUUUAAGCAAUGGCUUUUUUCUGGCCACUCUUCCGUAAAGCCCAGCUCUGUGGAGUGUACGGCUUAAAGUGGUCCUAUGGACAGAUACUCCAAUCUCCGCUGUGGAGCUUUACAGCUCCUUCAGGGUUAUCUUUGGUCCUUUGUUGCCUCUCUGAUUAAUGCCCUCUUUGCCUGGUCCGUGAGAUUUGGUGGGCGGCCCUCUCUUGGCAGGUUUGUUAUGGUGCCAUAUUCUUUCCAUUUUCUAAUAAUGGAUUUAAUGGUGCUCUGUGGGAUGUUCAAAGUUUCUGAUAUUUUUUUAUAACCCAACCCUGAUCUGUACUUCUCCACAACUUUGUCCCUGACCUGUUUGGAGAGAUCCUUGGUCUUCAUGGUGCCGCUUGCUUGGUGGUGCCCCUUGCUUAGUGGUGUUGCAGACUCUGGGGCCUUUCAGAACAGGUGUAUAUAUACUGAGAUCAUGUGACAGAUAAUAUGACACUUAAAUAAAGUCCACCUGUGUGCAAUCUAACUAAUUAGGUGACUUCUGAAGGUAAUUGGUUGCACCAGAUUUUAUUUAACGCACCACUUUUCUGUUAUUUAUUUUGUAGAAUUCUUUGAAACAAGUAGUUUUUUUCAUUUCACUUCACCAAUUUGUACUAUUUUGUGUAUGUCCAUUACAUGAAAUCCAAAUAAAAUCCAUUUAAAUGACAGGUUGUAAUGCAACAAAAUAGGAAAAACACCACGGGGGAUGAAUACUUUUGCAAGGCACUGUACACACAAACAAAACUCUUUCCCCUUGCCCUUUCACUCUCACUCCUCUUCUCCACUUUAAAAUCGCUGUCUUUGAAAUUGGCCCACUUUGUAGCAAAUGACUAUCAUGAAUGCAUCUACUGUAGAUAGCUUAGAGGAGCAGUAUUUUGCUUUUCAAAAUCAAGGGGUUCAUAGUUCACUGUUCUCUCUCUGUGGUGGAUAGAAGGGACACACAGCUCACUCUAGUGGUUAUUUAUGGAAUCACUCUGACUCGCAAAAUGCUCACAGCUCACUCUAGUGGUUAUUUAUGGAAUCACUCUGACUCGCAAAAUGCUCACAGCUCACUCUAGUGGUUAUUUAUGGGAUCACUCUGACUCGCAAAAUGCUCACAGCUCACUCUAGUGGUUAUUUAUGGGAUCACUCUGACUCGCAAAAUGCUCACAGCUCACUCUAGUGGUUAUUUAUGGAAUCACUCUGACUCGCAAAAUGCUCACAGCUCACUCUAGUGGUUAUUUAUGGAAUCACUCUGACUCGCAAAAUGCUCACAGCUCACUCUAGUGGUUAUUUAUGGAAUCACUCUGACUCGCAAAAUGCUCACAGCUCACUCUAGUGGUUAUUUAUGGAAUUACUCUGACUCGCAAAAUGCUCACAGCUCACUCUAGUGGUUAUUUAUGGAAUCACUCUGACUCGCAAAAUGCUCACAGCUCACUCUAGUGGUUAUUUAUGGAAUGACUCUGACUCGCAAAAUGCUCACAGCUCACUCUAGUGGUUAUUUAUGGAAUCACUCUGACUCGCAAAAUGCUCACAGCUCACUCUAAUAAUAAAUAAUAAUAAUAUGCCAUUUAGCAGACGCUUUUAUCCAAAGCGACUUACAGUCAUGCGUGCAUACAUUUUUGUGUAUGGGUGGUCCCGGGGAUCGAACCCACUACCUUGGCGUUACAAGCGCCGUGCUCUACCAGCUGAGCUACAGAGGACCACGACUCUAGUAGUGAUAUGCAACUUUACAGUUUCAUUUAACUGUAAUUACAGUGUAAUCAUAUGAUAAUUUGUGCAAUUAUUAAACUGCCAAUAACAGCCAACUGUAGGUAGAUCAUUAACAUAAUCAUUGUACACAGAGGGAGAUGCAGAUUGUUUUUAUUUUUAUUUUCAUCUACAUGUGUCCUCAGCGGGGAAAAAGUCUGUAAUGCAUUAUUUCAUCACUAGCAAAGUCACACAUGCUCGCACCCACACACACACACACUAACCCCAGUCUCUGUCUGCCUGUGUGUGUGUAUUUCAGAGUGUGAUGCAGGGGACCAUUCCCUACCUGGGUACUUUCCUCACAGACCUAGUCAUGAUGGAUACUGCCAUGAAGGACUACCUGGACGUGAGAGUCACACACACACACAUGCAUGAACACAAACCUUCUUUCCUCAAAAUUACACACUAAACAAUUACUGUUCUAAAGAACAUUAUAUUUUCUUGCUUACAGGGAGGGCUGAUACAUUUUGAGAAGAGGAGGAAGGUAAGAAAUGCAACAUGUAUUUAAUAUGUGAUGAUGAUGAAGAUGAAGAUGUGACACUGCAUACUCACCCUCAUCUUUCCUCUGGUCUUAUAGGAGUUUGAGGUGAUUGCCCAGAUCAAGCUUCUGCAGCUGGCCUGCAACAAUUAUAACUUCACCCGCAACAAGCGUUUCCGAGAGUGGUUCUCCGGUGUGGACAAACUCACUGAGGCCGAGAGGUAAGAGAGGGAACAGAGAGUAUUCUGUUAGAAAUACAUGAAAGAGUAUUUUCAUAUUACACCAGAAAUAGAUUGUGACGAACAGUAGGUAUUAGAAUGGAAGGGCGGGAGAGAGGAGAGGAUUAUGAGAGGGACAGUGGAAGAGAGGGAAGGGGAGGACUAGAGACUUGACAAGACAGGAACACACACACAUACUCUUCUUUGUGUGUUUUCCACAGCUACAGUCAGUCGUGUGAGAUCGAGCCGCUGUCGGAGUCAGCCUCCAAUACUCUGAAAAAGAAGAACACAGGAAUCAUCAAACGCUGGAGCGAGUGAGUCAAGAAAUAAAUCCUCCCAAAAUUAUUGUAGAAAGUAUUUCCAUUCAAUAGGUGCAAUAUGGGUCCGAUUCAGACUCAGGAAAUGUAGCCUUUUAGACUUACCUUAUUCAGUCGCGUAACGUGCUCCUGCAGGUGUGGCUACCUUGCGCGCUCUGAAUAAAUGUUAUUAAACUGCUGAAAACCCCCCCACUUGUUGGCCGACAGAUUUUCUCGUGGAGUUUUCAUACAAUAGGGUUUUCAGUACAUUUACAGUAUCAUAAGCCAUCCCUUUAAAUACGGUGUACCUUUUUAGUUAGAAUUUUGUCAACAGACUCACUAGAAUAUAUCGAGAGAACAGGUUCACAAUAUUAGGGAUCAAUUAAAGAAAGCCAUCUAAAUAUAUGCAUAUUCGUCUCUGUUUCAGCACCAAUUGGUAAAUUUAAAAAGACUCUGAUCUUGUAGAUUAUUUAGGUUUAGGAAAGUAUUUAUGAAUCAUAGAAAACAGAUUUGGAGAGCCUUUAUGGACAAAAUAAAAAUUAAUUCUGAAAAUUGCCACAUUCGGUUCUUCAACCCAUUGUAAUGUUGGAAGAUUAGUGUACAUAUCAUUAUAAUAGGGAGAAUAGUGUACCAUAGUAGGCUAUACCCUCGUCUAUUGCCUGCACUAACUAUGGAACUGUGUGAUGACACGGCCAAGUAUUGCGCCAUGCGUUGGGUUCAAACUGUUACGGCUUGGUCUGUGCUCCAUAAUGAUUUAAUUCGUUUUUUUAUUUUUAUGAUCAACUGUUACUAAUGAUCCUCAGCAACAACCACACGGCCGUGACAGUGUUUACAAAGGAGGCAAAUGAAGGUAAAGGAAACAAUGUAAUUAAAUGAUAAUGUAGGCUAUACCAACUGAAGGGAACUAACAGUAAAUUUGCAGUUGAAUAUGUGUGGUUAUUAGGCCUACUGAUGUUCGAUACUGAUAGUGGCUAAUAUUUAACAUGAUAGAAAUAGUAAACAGAGAAUGUCGGGGUAGCCUAUAAUUAAGACAUUCGAGAGUGCCCACUUUACUGUGGGAAAGUUGAUAUGUUGAUAUGCUUCAGUUUGUUGCCAUAUGACUGGUUUCACAUUUGUCUCCAGUGAUUAUAAGGUAAAAUAGAUCUAAAACAAGUGUGAUUUAUAUUUGCAAUUCCCUUAUCCAAACGGAUUACUCAGUUACUUAGCUCUUAUCAAUAGCUCUUGUAAGUUGUUAUUUCUAUUGAAAAAAAUAAAGUAGAUGCUUUUCCCACUUGGAACCAGCAGGUUCUCUCGACCUUAUUCAUGGUUCAGUCGAGCGUAAAGGUGGUGGAAUUGUUAGGGAAUUAGUCAAGGUCAGAAUACGGUGUAUCUGUAGACACACCUCCGCCACACCUUCAUGUUUCCAAGUUUUAAUGUCACAUGCACAAGUACAGUGAAAUGCCUUUCUUGCAAACUCAAAACCCAACAAUGCAAUAAUCAAUAACAAUGUAUUACUAGAAAAAAAAAACACACAAGAAAUAAGAAUAAGAAAUAUGAAAUACACAAUAAAGUAAUUAAGUAAGCAUACUAUAUACAGGAAAUAUAUUUUUAAAAGUCAAUUCUAAUACCAUAUUUACAUGUGCAGGGAUACUGGAGUGAUGGAGCUAGAUACGUAUAGGGGUAAGGGGACAAGGCAACAGGAUAUAAGAUAAACAGAGUAGCAGCAGUUUGUAUGUGAGUGGGUGUGCGGGUGUGUAGAGUCAGUAUAAAUGUAUGUGCAUAUUAUGUGUGAGUGAGCAAAUGAUGGAGUGAGUGUUUGUGUGUGUGUUCAUUUAUUCGAUCUCCACCUCAACCCAAUAGCCGGUGAAUAGCAUGCUAUUCUCAUGCUUAAGUUCAAGGUCAGAAUACGUGUAGAGAGAAAAGUGCAUAAAAAGGGAAUUACAUUCCAAUUACGCGUGCUUAACUCGGGUCGGAAUUCCCCGCUAUAUGAUUUACAGUCUAUUUGUGUCAAUGUUAUUUUUUAAACUCAUUCUUCUUUUUCUUACUCUUCCUCUCAUUUUGCACUUUCAUUCCCAUCUCUCCCUCCUCCCUCCCUCUCUCCCUCCCAUUCCCUUCACUCCCUCUUUCAGUCGCCAGCCGGCCAGCUCGGAGCCAGGCUGCAGCAGUGCGGGCAGCUCUCACUCCAAAUCCUUUGACCAGCUGCGUUACGCCCCCUGCAUGGGGGUCUCGGGUGGAGGUGGAAGGGGUGACGGAGCAGACUCCCUGAGCAUCACCUCGGGCGGCUCCAGCAGCUCCGACGUCGAGGACAUAAAUAUCAGCUUAAUCUCUGACUCACCCGACGCCCACGAGCGAAAGGUGAGAGAGAGAUAUGUUUUAUUUUUCUAUUUAACCUUCAUUUAUACAGGAAAGUAAAUUAAGAAUACACUCCUAUUUACAAUGACAACCUGUCAGAGGACUGUGUGCUAUUGAAUUCUGUCAUUGUUGAUAUCUGUAAACAGGAAGUUGCCCCACUGUGUAUGAUGAUGAUGUCAUAUCAUUGAGUCUACCUUUAAAGACCAUGAUACCAGUAUGAUCACUAUAGCGGCACUACUGUCGUAGCAUAUUAUAACUCUUCCAGCCCACAAGAAACAGCCCAUGUGAGGCCCACUGGUGACUGUAGCUCUUAAUUCCUUUUCUGUAGACCUCCACACCUUCCGUAAAACAUUCCAAUUCCAUGUUAGGGAAGUGUGGCCCCUUGCCUGACCUGGCACCCACGGUACUCUUUACUACUUCCUGUACCAUAUUUCUGUUUCACCUACGCUAGCUUGUGGCACAGCCAUUUCACACUAUCAUCAGAGGAGUGUGCUGUUUGCACUGUUUCUAUCUGUGUGACAUCACCAUUACAUCAUCCCUGUAGCCAUUUUUGGGGGCGAGAAUGGCGUGUGCGUGUUAAGUAGUUUUCAAAUGUGUACAGGUGUCGAAAUGAUUUCUGCGUCUGCUCCCUUUGAUAAUCACCGCACCUUGACCUUUUUGUUUUGACUGGUUCCAUUUGUUGUGUCUUUGUUUGGGGUGAAGAGUUCACCUUGUAUCCAUACUACUCAUAACAACUCAAUAGAAGUAGCAUUGUGGGUUUCACCUGGUUGCACAUUCUUCUCUCCACAUUUUUCAUUGUGUUUUCUACAUGCAUGUCAUGUUAGUGGUAUGUGCAAUUCAUGCAAGCACUCUUGGGAUUGUCCCAUUACUCAUAAUGUAAAACAACACCAGUCUCAAUUCCAGUGUUCCCAAGUGUUUGUCAAAAUACACUGGAAUCCAUUCAACAGUUUCCAAACAUGUUAAGUGUACCUGUUUAAGAUGCAUUGCUUUCCUUGAUUGCAUCUCAAUAUUCUUAAGUGGCACUGUGGUCUAACCUGUGCUGUCCCCCUUCUCUCUCCAGUUCUGGGAGUCCACCUCUCUGUCCUCCCUGGAUGCCUCUGGUCUGGGCUCUGGCUCGGGCUCCAGCAGCACCUCCUCCUCCUCCAUGUCCUCCACGCCCGUGUCGGGGGCCGGCUCCCGCUCGCACAAGCGCUCCGUGUCGGGUGUGUCCAACUAUUCGUCGCUGUCACUGCCCCUCUACAACCAGCAGGUGGAUGACUGCUGCAUCAUCCGGGUCAGCCUGGAUGUGGACAACGGCAACAUGUACAAGAGCAUCAUGGUGAGCUGCUGCGUUGGUGACGAUUAGGGAGAAAUUCCCAGCCAAUGUGUUUAGUGGUUGUGGGGUCUGGUUGAGCCAAUCCCAAUAUCUUAAUGUGGUCAUCAUGUGAUCUCCAGGUUACCAGUCAGGAUAAGACGCCGGCGGUGAUCAGGAAGGCCAUGGUGAAACACAACCUGGACCGGGAGAGACCGGAGGACUAUGAACUGCUGCAGAAGAUCUCUGAGGAGAAAGGUCAGUCAGCUGUCUGUCAUGCUCACCUCAGGACUUACAGUAAAACUGCAAAGAUACAAACCUCAGAGUUUAUGCAUUUUGAACUACAUUUCAAAGUUACAAACAUUUCAGUGUUCCUAACCCAUUCCGAAUUUGUUCGUAUCUCUGGUCCUACUGUACUUUUUAGAAAUAUCUCCACACUGUACGCCUUGUCUAACAAUCUCUCUGUCCAACUUCUUAACCAGAUUUUAACAUUCCCUCUUGCCUGUUGGUUCAAUGUGUCUUUUAACCAUACCAUGUUUCUUUUGCACCCCCUUCCGUCUACAGAGCUGAAGAUUCCAGACAAUGCCAACGUUUUCUAUGCCAUGAACUCCUCGGCCAACUACGACUUUGUCCUGAAGAAACGUGGCUUCCCCAAGGUAGGCCGGACCAAGCACGUAGCCAGCUCCACCCUGCCGCGCAUGAAGCAGAAAGGCCUGAAAAUCGCCAAGGGCAUCUUCUGA